GCCGAUGAAGCGGCGUCGCAGCAAAGGCUGCAGGAGCUGCGCACGGGUUAUGCCGAGCAGGGCGCAGCGUGGCUUCGCACCGAGCUGGACGAGCAAAACCGGCAGGAGCUGGCUGAGCUCUGCAUCGCUGCGGAUGUGCGACAGAAGUCAGCCGGGCGCAAGCUCUCCAGAGCGGAGUUGUUGGAAGCUCUAUCACAGAGCAUUGCCGGGGAGCAGGCUUCAUGGGGAAGCGGCGUUUUUGAGGCCGAUGAAGCGGCGUCGCAGCAAAGGCUGCUCGAGCUGCGCACGGGUUAUGCCGAGCAGGGCGAAGCCUGGCUCCGCGGCGAGUUGGGGAAGCACGGCAAGGAUGAGCUGGUUGGGCUCUGUGUCGCUGCGGGUUUGCAACGACACCGUGCCGGGUGCACGCUUACCAAGCCGGAGUUGUCGAAAGCUCUAUCACAGAGCAUUGCCGGGGAGCAGGCUUCAUGGGGAAGCGGC